AUGUCUUGUUCAGGCUGUUCUAAUGCCGUCAACAAGGCCUUAACUAGACUCGGUGGUGUUGAUAAGAUUGACAUCAGCUUAGAAAAACAAGAGGUUGUUGUCGAGACCGAUCGUCCCCGUGAAGAGGUUUUGGCCGCAAUUAAGAAGACCGGAAAAACUGUUAACAAUGAAUAA